AUGUCCUGGCAGAUUUCCAGCUUCAUCUUGUGUUGCACCCAUCUCCCUUCCGACCAGCAAACUUGUUUCCAAGGAUUCCUGGAUAAGAAUGGCGGGCAAAGCGCCGCGUCAGGCAGUAGCAAUGGUACUUCCGAAGAAGCUCUCCCACCCGAGUGCUCCUACAUCAGCACUCAAAUCAACGACUGCGUGUCAUCCACCUCGGGCUUCACUACCAUGGCGAACUCGGAGCAAGCAAGCUGCAUUUGCUUCAACACCGACGGGAGCUGGAACGGAACCGUAUGGGACAACGCAGCUACCACGUGUUACCAGGCUAUCAGUAGUGCUGGCAGCGCGAAUGCGUCUGCGUUGAGCGCUUAUGAUAGUGGGGUCGUCGGCUUCUGUACCAAGUUCGUCAAUGCGGGAAUACUGAGUAGUGCAGGUGUGAGCAGUAGUACGGGCGUGAGCAGUAGUGCGGGCGCGAGCAGCGGUAGUGGGGUGGCUGUAUCGACGGGACAACCUAGUUCAACAACAGGUGGUGGGAGUGGAGCAGUAACUGGAUCGAGCGUCUCAAAUCCCACACCGAGUUCCACCCAAAAGAGUGAAGUCGGACACUUGAAGGGCCAACGCUCAACGGUCAUUGCUGCCCUUGCGUUCAUCGCUUGCAUAUUUGAUUACUAG